GGGAACUUACUGAAGUAACUGAACCUCAAAACGCAUAAACCCUCUCACCAGAACCCUAGUGUAGAAGACAAUUCAACAGUGAUUUUGCUUUGCAGGCGACAGAGAAAAUGAGAGGCAAUUCAGUUUCAAUUGUGUUGCGAAGAUUUCUUCUUCAACGCCCAGUUUCAUUUCUGGGUUCUUCACAAUCACAGCUGAAAAAACCCCUAGUUUCAACUUCAAAAUCAUUCUCAUCAUCAACCUCUGUAAUUCCCAAAAUACCCAUUUCCAGUCAUGGUAUUUCCACCUCCUCCACUCAAAAGUUCCCAUUUUUUCAGCUCCAGAGAACCCUCUGCUCAUCCCCAGAUGGUUCCUCCAAUAUUGUCCUCAUCAAGUCAGGAGAAGAGUUUAAUACUUCACUUAGCAAAGCUAAAGAUGAAUCUAUGCCGGCAUUAUUUUAUUUCACUGCUGUAUGGUGUGGGCCCUGCAGGUUUAUAUCUCCUGUCAUAGAAGAGUUAAGUGCGAAAUACCCCCAUGUAAAGACAUAUAAGAUUGACAUUGAUCAGGAAGGCCUUGGAAGCACAUUGGGCAAGCUAAAUAUUACUGCUGUGCCAACACUUCUUUUCUUUAAUAAUGGGGAAAAAGCAGCUGAAGUAAUUGGUGCCGAUGUUGCACGGUUGAAGGACACUAUGGAAAAACUUUACAAGAAGGACUGAAUGAAGAAAGAAGUUCUGGAGAAGUACUUUUGGCAAAGAUUUUCUUAUUAGAUGAGCUUGUAAUAUUCUCAAGACAGAAAGAUUGAGGAAAUGAUGGUAAGAUACUGCUUUUGUUCAGGCUGGCUUUCUUUUUUGGCCUUUCAAGGCAUUAUAUACAGAGUUGUUCUUAAUCAUCAGUAAAUUCACUACUUAAGAAUACUUUAGAGUGAAUAAAUAAGAAUUUAGAAGAGUUUGGUAUUUUUUUGCCAAAUCGAUUUGGUAAAAAUGGUCAUAAAAAAUGAAAACAAGAAGAUUAUUUUGUGUUUCGUGAUCUGAGAAUGCGUUCGGUAUCAUUUCCCUGAAAUAAUGCUAUGAA